AUGGGCUUCACCACAGGAUUCACCGGCGGCGUAACCGUGACCCUCGGCGUCGCCUACCUGACAGUCCUCGCCCACCAACGCAACCGCGAAACGCAGUCCCAUAUCCUCCGCUCGCAGACCCACGUCCUCUCCUCCAUCCUCGAGCCCCAGGUCCGCAUCCCCCCGCCUCUGACACGCUCCGAGCAGGCCGUCAAGGACCGCGAGACCCUCCUCACCACCGCAAAGGACCGCUGGAAUCGCGAGGUCGAGAACGCCGUCAGGUGGGCGCAGCGGACCGACUGGACCGAGGUGCGCGAAGGCCUCGAGAGCGGCGCCGCCAGGCUCUGGGGAGGCGCCAUCGACAAGGCCGGCGAGGCGGAGCAGGUCGUUGAGAAGAAGGCGGUUCCGUUGGCGAAGGAGGCGUCCGCGCGGGGCGUCGCGUUCGCGGAGGAGACGAGCGAGAGCGUCAGGAAAGAGGCGCGCAGCGCGUGGGAGCGCGCGAGGGAAAAGAGUCUUGCUGCCGAGGAGGCGGCGCGCACCAAGGCUGCCGAGGCGAGAAAGUACGUCGACGAGAAGGCAGCUGAGAUCAAGGUCGCCGUGGGCGACGCCGUAGAGAAGGGCAAGCAGCAGGGCGAGGCGGUGCUCGUGGCGGCACAGCAGGCGGCGGGCGUGGCCGAGGACAAGGUCAGCGUCAAGGCGGACGGCAAGGUGCUCCCCGCGGCGUCACCGGUGCAGAGGGCGCUGCACCAGCGAUACGAGAAGCCGAGCGGGCUGACCAAGUCGGUCAAGGAGGCGCUCGCGGAGCGGUACCAGCGGGUCGAUGAGCGGGAUAAUACACAGCUCAGGGGUAUCUGA